AUGGCCAAAACAGUACUGAAAAAGGUGCAAAAGGCCAAGGCUGCCAAGGAACACGGGAAAAGAAAUGACACAAUCGAGAAAACGGAUGAUAAAAUUGACCUACAAGAGGCAUCCGACUCGUCGCUGAGCGAUGAGCAGUUGUCCAGUGAUGAGGAGGAGGAAAUCGAAGGUCUCGAGACUCCAGCUCCAGGUAGCAAGCCAACUGCUAACCUAGGUGGCCAUACUGUGGAGUUUGAGGCUCCAGAAAAGAAGGUAUCCCAAGCAAACGUCAAAAAGAGAGGAGUGAUCUACAUAGGUCGUCUUCCGCAGCACUUCCAGGAGAAGGAGGCCAAGAAGUAUUUCAAGCAGUUUGGAGAGAUCACCAGAAUCAGACUUUCAAGAAACAAAACCACUGGUCGCAUGAGACAUUAUGGAUUCAUCGAGUUCAAGCACGAGGAUGUGGCCAAGAUUGCGGCAGAGACCAUGAACAACUACCUCAUCUUUGGUCACAUGUUGAAGGUUCACGUAGUGGACAAUCCUAGGGAAGACCUUUUCCCUGCAAAGUUGAAGGGCAAAUUCACUGAGUUCGACUGGAGGCAGAGAGCUUACGAUGCUCAUCACCAGAAGCAGCCAUUGAGCGUGUGGGAGAAGAAGCAAGAGGAAUUUGAGCAACAGAAGAAGGCCAAGUUCGAUGAGCUCAAAGAACUUGGAUUCAACUAUGCGCUCGAGGCUUAA